AAGCUACAGCCAUGAGGUCCUGCGCGUUUGUGGUGGCGGCGUUGGCGGUCGUGUGCGCCGCGCGGCCGUCCUCCGCCUUCUUCCAGGACCUGCUGCUGCAGCCGCUGCAGCACAUCCAGCACGCCGUGCAGCCGCAGUACCCGCAGUACCCCCAGUACCCGCAGCCGCAGUACCCGCAACCGCAGUACGCCCAGCCGCAGUACACGCAGCCGCAGUACUACCAGUACUCGCAGUACCGCCGCUCCAACGACGUGCAGACCCUGCCCGCGCCACUGCAGCCCCUGCAGUCGGUGCAGCAUGGCGUGUACGCCAACUCCCGGCCCGCGGCAUACCAAUGGCAGCCCAACUCGUACGGCAGUGGAUACAGCUACAGCAGCAACCCUCUGAGCUCGCUCCUGCAGAACUCGUGGUUCCCCUGGGCCUCGGCCAACCGCCAGCCCGCCCAGCCUCAGCCGCAGCCCCUCAGCGCCCCCCUCGUUGCCUCACAGCAAGUGCAGGCGCAGCCGCAGCAGCCGCAGCAGCCUCUGCAGGCGUUCUGGGCGCUCUUGCCCUGGAACAGCAACAACAUCAACACCGCCGCCGCGCAGCAGCAGCAGCAGCCGGGCCCCAUCCUCAGCUUCCUGCAGAACCCCUCCGCCGUGCUGCCGUGGGGCCAGCAGGCCAGCCGGCCCAGCGUCGUGUACUCCACCCCCCUGGCGCCGUCCCCCGCCGUGGCCGCCGCCCCCGUCUCCGCCAGCCUGACCGCCGCCCCCGCCGCCCCCGCCGCCCCCGCCGUGCAGAGCCUGCAGGUCGAGGCCGCCGCCCCCGACGUCAAGCCGACCGGCGUGGUGCUCGACGACCUGCCCGCCACGGCCUCCCUAAGCGGCAACGGCAUCCGCCGCAUCGCCCUGCACGACGUGCACCCGGACGCCGACGCCCUCCCCUGCGCGCAGGACGCCUAG